UAAAGCAUUUUUCUCAAGACUUUUAGAGGAACUUCUGUGAAGGGAGGAUGGUAGUGUGGUAGGCGUGUGGUUUUGACAGCUUCAAAACGGACAGAGAGCCCCGGCUUCCUGCUCGCUGCUCUCACAGCUCACUUCAGAGGAGUUUUUAUGUUAAAGAGAUCUCGCCGACAGCCGACAAAAAGGAGCAACAAAAAAAAGACCCUCCAUUUUAUCUUCAGCCCACCCUGGUAAGAUGGUGUGAGCGUAGCUCUUCUCCGCCUUUCUGAUGAACAGUCCCACCUGCACUGAGGCCUUUUGCAACAUGACCAUAUGCUAUAUCCUGGAUGGGAUUCUCAUCCUCUAUGGCAUCAUUCUCACCGUCUUGUACUGCAGAUUGAGGAUGCAUUCAGCCAAGAAGACGCCUGAGAAGCAGCCCGCUGAGGGAGGCAUCUAUGCGGGUCUGUCUGCUCCCAGUCAUGAUACCUACGAGACCAUCAAAAUGGAUAAGAAGCCCAUCGUCUGAUGAAAACAGUCAGUACAGACGAGAUGCUGAGCACAAAAACACGUCUUUUAAAGCUUUAUACUGUAUAUUAAGUUGUUUUGAGUUGUGGCAGGCCUGUGCAUAGCAAUUCUACAUGAACAUUUUCUCCCCUUUUCUGUAAAAAUGCUACUUUUAUGUCUAAACUAUCUGUCAUACAUGUAUGAAAUUAAAACUACUAAAUUAAUUUAAAAUCUACUAUAUGUCAGUGAACUUUUUAUGCAUGUUGCUCUGUGUUUCACAACUGUUUUUAGCCAAGUUAUUAAGAAAACAGAAGUUUGAUCUAUCAGUAGUGUGUGUUCACAUGUCCCCCUUUUUUCAAAAUAUAAAUUAAGGAACAUUUGCACUUAACGUCAGACCGAGGCUGCAGCUAAUGAUAAUUUUUUACAGUCAAUCAGUCUGCUAAUUAUUUUUUGAUCCGUUUUUUGGUGUAUGCCCAGGAGACGUCUUCAGAUGUCUUUCUUUGUCUGACCAUCAGUCCAAAAUCAGCCGAUCCUCACAACCAAUCGACUAGAACUUGGCAUAUAUUAAACAUUAAUUUUAUCUCUAAGUAAAAAAAUCUACUUAUAAACUUGAUUGUAGAAGUACUCACAGUUUUUAUAGAAUAUGACAUCAAAUUUAAAGCAGAUUCAAGAUUUUCUUCAAUUUUGUUGAAAAUGUAAAUUUCAAACAUCUAAUCAGUAUUAUCCCAUUACAGUGUCUGAAACACUCAUCAGGUUUCAUAUCCAUUUUUGAAACUUUUGAUUACUAUAAUUUAUUAGAAAAAGAAAAAAACCCUAACUCAAUAGAUUUACAAUUUUUAUGUAAUAUAUUUCUGUGCUUUAUGUUAAUUGCAUAAAAUAUUAACAUUGUAACAUUUUAAUUUAGCUAUUUUUUUCAUACAAAAGCAGUUUUAAGAGAAAAUGUGACAUCAAAAUUAGUUUGAAUAAUCUAAAUAAAUGUCAUAAUUAACCAAGAACAAGGGAGAUGAAAGUAUUCAGUCUGAGGAUCCAGACAGUAAAUAUGACAUCUCAUUUCAUGUCUCAAAAAUGUUCAUUCACAACAGACAGCUGUAAGAUCUGUAGCACCAGAGAGGAAACGCACACUGUGAUUGUAAAGGCAUAUUUCAGUCUACCUGUGUGACAGUUCAUAUUCAACUUAUUUACAUAGAAACAUAACUGGAAAUGUAUUCAAAACAGAUUGAGAAGCGACUGCUCGCUCUGCCUGUGUACUGUUUUCCCUGAGGCUCUUCACAACAACACAAGAGACUCUGACGCUUCACCUUUAGAAACUGUUGCAACAUAUCCACUUUGUGAAAGAAACUACGUAUUACUGUAUUUAUUAGCCCAUGUGUAUGUGUUAUCAUUCAUAUUAACAAUAUCACUGAUUCUCAUUAAACAUGCAGCUGUAAAACAAGUGAUUUUUCCCACUUGCAACAAGACAAUAAAUUUUCUUUCUGGC